AUGUCUUCCUGGGAGAGCAACAAUGUGGUUCUAAUAGAGAACAGCAGCACCCCCGAGCAAUGGGGCGAUGCGACGGGCGGUUGCGAAGCAGGAGAGAAGAACGGUCCCACGGGUACCGGCGAGAACGCAUCCAACACCAAGGGAGGCCACAAGGACCAGAUUUCGGCCGCAUGCAUCAAAGGUGGCAGGCCUUCGGGCAGCGGCUUUGGCCAUCAUGCUGGAAGUAAGAAGUAA